UUCCCACUUUAAACCCUUGUUCACGUCAUCUGCGGGAAUCGCCCGCAACCCACGGCCCCUAUAACACUACCACCCCCCCGCAAAAGCGCAUAUCGCAUCUCAAUCCUCAAUUCACUUCCAACAUGACGCCACCUACCGACGAAGAAUCGAAACCUGCCUCCUCAACUUCAUCAACAAGAACCAUCACAGCAAUCCCUCUCGAGGCGCCAGUGUCCCUGCCCCUCCGUCCUACCCUCCGCGAGCGCUACAACCAUCUCGUAACCCGGUUACUUCCACAGCCCUACUACCUCCAUCCACUUCUCACCCGCUCCCGCCUCGCCAUUGCUCUUCUCUCCUUCAUUUUCCUCCUUCUGCUCCUGAUAAUCAUCCUCCCCAUCCUCCUCACCCACCGCUCAUCCGCCAAUGUUACCCUUCCAACCGGGGCAGAGACGUAUUCUGGCGACGGCACGUACUAUGGCACCGGCCUUGGCGCAUGCGGGAUCGCCAGCAAAGACUCGCAGAUGGUCGUCGCAAUCGCCUGGGAGCUGUUCGAUCACCUGGGUAAGGGCUCCGCUGGCGAGUUCAAUCCCAACCUAAAUCCCGUGUGUGGACGGAAUAUCCGGGCGCGGAGGGCGGGGCGCACGAAAGCCGUCGAGGUCACGGUUGUGGAUCGAUGCACGGGAUGCGAGCCGGAGGAUUUGGAUUUUAGUCCAACGGCGUUCAAUGGCAUUGCGGAGGAGUGGGAGGGCCGAGUGAGGAUUGAGUGGGCGUGGGUUUAGUGGGGC